CCUUCCUCUUCCCUGCCUCCCACGUGGUUUAGGGAAAGGCAAGUCGGGCGCCGGAGCGAGCGCGGGUCUUCCUCAGCCGGAGCGAAAGCCCCAGGCCUGAAGGGGACGUCAGGGAAGAUGCUGCUGGGAGGCCAGGCGUGGCUCCCACCCCGGGGAUGCCUCUCUUCCGCCUGGGGCUGAGCCUGGCUGCUGACUGCCUGGGAAGAAGCCUCGGGGGCUGCCGGUGGAGGAACCUCAGCCGCGUAGGUAAUUAUCACAAGGGAGCACACAUGAAGCACCUUUCGAUGGCGGAAGAGGUGAGGGCUGUGACUGGCAACCAGGCGAAGAGGCUGAAGAGUAGCAGCUGUGGAAGGGAAGAAGAAGAGAAAGAGGAAGAUGGGAAACUGGAGGAGAAGGGGCACACAGUGAAACGUUUCAAGGCCAGCGAGGAUGAGGCUGAGGAUGGGGCCAAGAGGUUUCCAAAGAGAAAGAUUGUACUGCUGGUUGCGUAUUCAGGGAAAGGCUACCAUGGGAUGCAACGGAAUGUGGGUAAUUCUCAAUUCAAGACAAUUGAGGAUGAUCUGGUGUUGGCCCUCAUUCAGUCAGGAUGCAUCCCAGAAAAUCAUGGAGAGGAAAUGAAGAAGAUGUCUUUUCAGAGAUGUGCCAGGACAGAUAAGGGUGUUUCUGCAGCUGGCCAAAUUGUCUCUUUGAAGGUCUGGUUGAUAGAAGAUAUUUUACAGAAGAUCAACAACCAUCUUCCUCCUCAUAUAAGAAUCCUUGGGCUCAAAAGGGUCACAGGAGGCUUCAACUCCAAGAACAAAUGUGAUGCUCGAACCUACUCCUAUAUGCUUCCAACGUUUGCUUUUGCGCACAAGGACUGUGAUUUUCAGGACAACACAUUCCACCUGAACACAGAGACUCUAGCGACUGUUAACCGCCUCCUGGCCAGCUACAAGGGAACUCAUAAUUUUCACAACUUCACCUCCCAGAAGGGGCCCAAAGAUCCCAGUGCCAAACGUUACAUCAUGGAGAUGUAUUGCGAGGAGCCCUUUGUGCGAGAAGGCAUGGAGUUUGCUGUGCUUAAAGUGAAAGGCCAAAGUUUCAUGAUGCAUCAGAUCCGGAAGAUGAUUGGCCUGGUGAUCGCCAUUGUGAAGGGUUAUGCCUCAGAAUCCAUAAUGGAGCGGAGCUGGGGUGAGGAGAAGGUGGAUGUCCCUAAGGCCCCUGGGCUGGGCCUGGUUUUGGAACGAGUUCAUUUUGAAAAGUAUAAUAAACGUUUUGGGAACGAUGGAUUCCAUGAGGCCCUAGAAUGGGCAGAGGAAGAAGAGGAGAUUUCUGCUUUCAAAGAAAAGUAUAUCUAUCCCACUAUUAUAAGCACAGAGAAAGAAGAGAGAUCUAUGGCAAAUUGGCUGGAAACUCUGUCUUACCACGACUUCAACUCCACUGCAUCUAGGACACAGCUGGACAACAGGGACACACAGACCAACAAUCAUGAAGGCAGUGAUGGAUUUGGAGACGACUCGGACUGAAUGAAAAUCAUUCUGGAAGGUAGCAUGUAGUGGCAUGCUGUUUGAUACAUGCCAAUCUUAGGAGUCUCUGUUCGGAAAACUUGGGCGUUUGUUCACCUGCUUGUAUAAUGACAAAACUAUCAGGCUGAACUGAGAGCAGAAGAAAGACAGAAGGGAGACUUGAAUCAGGCUGUUUCUCUCUGUUUGCAGUACGUGAAAGGGCAAUACAUCUACUAGAAUUAAUUGUGCAUUCCUUAUGCUUGAUUUAGGAAAUUGCUUUUAAAAGUCAGCAGACGUAUGCAAUAUUGCCACCUGAGAUACAAAACAAAAUAUUUCAGAGGACUCCAGGUACUAAUUGCUACAAACAAAUAAUGAAAAUAUUUUGUUUUGUUUUGGGAGGCCAAGCUUCCCUGCUCUUCUUCCAGGCUUUCUGUAGCCACGUAUCUUUCAACUUGGCCAAGGAAUUGCUGACUGGUCUUAAUUGCCAAACAUUUUGUCUCUUGCCACUUAAAGGCAAAAUUAUGUGUUGAUUUGAAUGGUUUCUCACUGGGGGGUAUCUGAUCAUUGUUUUCCUUUUAUUAAAAAAUGCCAUACAGAGAGCUUCCAUAAAGCAUAGCCCUGCUCUUCCAAUAAAGGCUUCUUGUGGUACAAUGUAGAAGAACUAUCUAUAUUUUUGGAGUUGGGGGGGGGGGCAGUUCCUGGCCCUAUCCUCUCUGAGCCCAUGCUCUUAAGGGACAGGGCUGCUGAGUCACUGGCUUCUGCUGCCUUAGUCUUUCAAGCUCAGUCUAUGUUAGUAGUCAUAUCAGUAAAAGCUGAGCAGGGGCAGAAGGCCUAGAGCAGAGCCUUCCGAACUUUUGGUGUUGGUGACACACUUUUUAGACAUCCUUUUGCAACAUGGAAAUUCAGUUAUCCUAACAAACCAGAGUUUGAACCAACCCAUUAUAAGAGUGUCAUACAAUAUAUACAGGCAGUCCCCAAGUUAUGAACAAGAUAGGUUCUGUGUGUUGUCAGAGGCUUUCAUGGUCAGAAUCACUGGGUUGCUGUGAGUUUUCCAGGCUGUCUGGCCAUGUUCCAGAAGCAUUCUCUCCUGGGUGCACAAAUAGUGUCUCUGCCCAUGGGCUGGAUCCAGAAAUGAAAUCCAAGUCAGGAAAAGAAAAUAAAUUGAGACACAUUUUCUUCAUUAAGUUACUUAAUACUAUAUUUGGGUGGGUAGGAGUGUCUGAAGCAAAUUGAGGGUACAGCUAUAAUGUAUUUAAAAACACAAAGUUAAAAACUUGGCAUUAUGCUAAAUGUCCUUCAACCAGAAGCUGGCCACUUGGAGUGCCUCUGGUGUUGCUGUAAGAAGGUCCUCCAUUGUGCAUGUGGUGGGGCUCAGGUUGCAUUGCAGUAGGUGGUCUGUGGUUUGCUCUUCAAUGACCACAUUGAAAAUAAGGGAGAAUGUUCUUUUGCUUUGCUGUGGUGGUAUCUUUAUCUCCCAUUAUAUAAACAAUUUUGUGUAUUAAAAUGUAUGUGGAAGAAUUCUGCCAUUUGCCUUGAAUAGCAACAUCAAGCUAAGCCCGAGUUGUACAUUACUGGGCAUAACAAGAUCCCGUAUAAUGAAAGAAAAUCCUGGCACUCUUAAAAUUACCCUGAAAUGUAAACUUGGAGAGGCUUUCUGGCCACAGUGGUCCAUGUCAUAGUUAAUAUCCUGUUUGGAUGACUGUAACACACUCUACAUAGGGCCGCCUUUGAAGAGUGUUCAGAAAUUUCUGUUGGUCCAAAAAGCUUGCUAGGUUUCUAACUGGGGCUGGCUACAAGGAGCACACAACCCCCCCCCCCCCCCCUUUGCAAGAGCUCAAAUGGCUGCCAGUUUGUUUCUGGGCACAAUUUAAAGUACUGUUCAUGACCAACAAAGUCUUCUAUGGCUCAGGUCCAGACUAUUUGGCUGAUCACAUCUCCCCGUACUAACCUGCCCAGACCUUGAGAUCCUCAGAAGAGGCCCUGCUUUCAGUCCCACCACCAUCGCAAGCACAGUUCUGGAGGAGAACAUCAGAGAACAGGGUCUUCUCAGUGGCCAGCCCCUCAGCUCUGGAUUUCUGUCCAGGGAAGCCAGAAUGACCCCCUCCCUGAUGUCCUUCUGCAAGAUCUUUUUAUUCAGACAGGCUUUUAAAGGACACAGUUUUUACAACCAAGCCAGAGAGUGCUGUGCUGUGAAGAAGUUUUAAUUGGUUUUAAUGGUUUUUAACUUUUUUUAUAUUUAAUGGUUUCAAUGUUUUACUGGAUUUUAAUGUUUGUAAUUUUUUAGGCUUUAAAUUAUAUAUUGUGUUGCUUUUACUGUUAGCCACUUCGGGUCUUUUUAUUUUUAAGAGAUCAAGCGGAAUACAAAUACUAAUAAUUUUAAAUGGUGAAAGACUUUGGUGUAAUAGAAUCCUAGCAUUGGAAGAGACCACAGAGGCCAUCUAGUCCAAUCCCCUUCUUUUAAGAAAAGCACAAUCAGAGCUUCCCUGACAGAUGGCCAUCCAGCCUCUGCUUAAAAGCUUCCAGUGAAAGAGCUUCCACGGGACUCUGACGCAGAGAGAGAGAGUUCCACUGCUGACCAGCUCUAAGUUCUUCCUAAUGUUCAGGUGGGAUCUCCUUUCUUGUCAUUUGAACCCAUGGCUCCAUUGAUUCCCAUAGUAGAGAGCUUUAAUGGGAGAGUGCUAUGCUUUUUUAUUUUAAAAAAUGUGAUUUUAAGUCAUUUGUGUGGCAACAUUCUAAAUAACGAAAGUGCUUCCUAGCUUGUGUGUGUCAGGAGUGACCAGAGAAACUGCAAGUCACUUCUUGUGUGAGAGAAUUGGCCAUCUGCAAGGAUGUUGUCCAGGGGACACCCAGAUGUUUUACCAUCCUGUGGGAGGCUUCUCUCAUGUCCCUGCAUGGAAGCUGGAGCUGACAGACAGGAGCUCACCCCGCUCCCCGGAUUCAAACCACCUACCUUUCGGUCAGCAGUCCUGCCUGCACAAUGGUUUAACCCAUUACGCCACUGGGGGCUCCUAAUGCCAUAUAGCUAAUAUCCCCAAAGAGGUCAAUGGGGCUUCUUCUCGUUGUAUCCUAUUCUCCUUAUGGUACUUUAGGUGUCAUAGGACCAUACCAUCAAAGAGCCGGAAUAAGCCUCAUGGGCCCUGGAGUUCAACCCUCGUUACACAAAUAAAUAUGACAAAUAAACAGGUGACAUGUUGGACAUCUAAUGGAUAUAAUACUACAAUCAGUAUUUAAAACAUAUAAUUCAUGCUGCUGACAAAAAACACGUUGCGGAACUUUAAUCAAUUGAUUGCUGUGUACCAGCUUCGUCCUUCUCAUCUAGGAGCAUUUUAAAUGUUAUUUGUCGUUUCUAUUUUUGUUCCUUAACUUUUCUGUGUGUAAUGCAAAUGUGGUUGUCUUAAAUAAAUCAUUUGGAUCAUU